AAUCGUUACUAUCAUAGUCUGGGUAGCUGGGAUCACAAGCUGAGCAUUCUAACCCCGGCUUCUUUGGCGCAGAUUCCAAUCACAGCGAGUCCUUAGUGCCUCUAUAAAGGGGAGGAGGGAAUAAAGAAAAGCCUCCUUCUCCCCCCCCCCAGCUUCCUUGGAUCUGACUGCCCAGUUAAGCGGAUUCAUCAGUUUCAGCACUUGGAUAGCUCCAGAAGAUUUGCACCGGGCUGGGGGGUUACCGAGAAAAGCGUGGCCGCUUCUGACUCGUUCCCCAUCCCUUUGAUGACUAUGGCCGGCGUCCAACAAGGGGAAAAGCAGCUCUUUGAGAAGUUUUGGAAAGGGACUUUUAAAGCCGUGGCCACUCCGCGAAGGGAGAGCAUUAUCGUUGCCAGUAUCACCGCUCGCAAGCCGGUACCAAGCAAUGACAUUAUAAAUGGCUCACCAUGUCAAGACAAAGACCAAAAAUCUGAGAAGAAGAAUGGGAGUCUGGCAAACGGGGGUACAAAUGAACGGCUUGGGAGAGAAGUCACUGCACAUAAUCAUCACAGCUCCUCAGAUGAAGGUCACAGCAUUUCACCUCCACCAAAAGCAAAGAAGAAAAAGAAGAAAUCAGAACGCAAGAAGAGAAAAAGGUCUCGGUCCUACAGUCCUUCCCUAUUAAAAAAGAAAAAGAAGAAGAGUUCAAAGAAACGGAAGAGAAACAGGUCUUAUCCCAAAAAAAGAAGACACAGCUCAUCCAGCCCAAAAAGUAAAAGAAAACAUGAAAAAAAGCGCAGGAAGCACUCACGUGGCAGGCCACGGAAAUCACAUCGCCAUCAUCAUCGCCAUUCUCGUUCAGUAAGCUCCGAUUCCAGGUCCUCGAGCUGUGAAAACAGACUGAGGGACUACUCCAAAGAAGAGAGGCACCGCUCAAAACAAAAGAGACACAAAUACAGGAAUUCGAGGUCUGUAAACAAGAAGCUAAGGGAAGGCAAACUUCAGCGUACGGCCCUGUCUCAACAGAACAGCUGUGACUACCCUACGAAGAUAAUUUCCCAAACAGUCCCUGGUCUUUUGGUCACAACAGAGAGUCAAGGAGGUUGUCCAAAGGAAAAUACCCACGAAUAUGACUCUGGGAACGAUACAUGCUCCCCUCCUUCGACACAGACAAGCUCUUCAAGGUUGAAAGUCAAUCAGGACAAAGACAGCCCAACCCAUCAAGGCUUUGGGCAUGACCCUUCCUCUGGGAAAACUCCAAAUGGCCAUAGCGACAACAUCUCUGAUUCAGGGAAUUCAUCGGCCAGUUGUUUCUCCUUUACCAAGGAUUCAACACAGCUUUUGGCUGACAACCAGACACCAGAUAAAAGAGGCCUCUCCUCCUGUCCGGGUUGCCUAGAUGAGCGGAAAAGUACAUCAGACCUGUCCCCUGAUCGAAACUCUAGACGCAGUCGCCGCUCACGAAGCUCAUCGUAUGCUAGCAGUCGAAGGUCAUACUCUCAUAGCUCAAGCCAUUCCCACAGUUCUUACUCAUCACACUACCGGUCUCCAGGCAGGAAGUCACGAAGCCGAUCCAGUUCUUCAGAAGCACGAUCCUAUUCACGAUCUCCAAGGUACUCCUCAAACUCAGAUGUAAAAAGCCCUGAAAGCAAAAGUUCGCGGACACGACGGAGUCCCAGUUAUUCUCGUUACACCCCAAGCAGGGAUCGAGAGCGUCUUGGUAACUAUAGCUCCAGUGAGAAGGAACCACGAAAAGGGGCUCACAGAAGAAGAAGACGCUCCUACUCUCCUUUGAGGAAGCGCAGGAGAGAUUCCCCAAGCCAUUUGGAGGCUAGAAGAAUCACCAGCGCUCGCAAGCGUCCUAUCCCAUAUUACAGACCCAGCCCAUCAUCAUCCAGCAGUGCUAGCACCACUCCCUCUUGGUAUGGUAGCCAUAGCCGGUCCAGGAGCCGCAGCUACUCCAGUGAGAGAAGCAGCAGGAGCCGUAGCUCUAGGAGCGGGCGAAGCCGCAGCAGAGACUGGAGCCGAAGCUCCUGGGAACGCAGUCGGAGUCGCAGUCGAAGCUGGAGCCAGAGCUCAGAUUCCUGUGACAGCACAAGGCGUUGACCAACCUGGGAUUGCCCAGAACUUCUGAUUUAUUUUGUAAGAAGUUCUUGACUCUGGCUACUCAUACAUUAAUCAUAAAGGUCCAUGUCUUCUCUAUUCAUAUUGAUAGGGUCCUGACAAUCACACACA